UGGGAGAGAGAGAGCAUUCCCUCUGGGACAAAGAGACCCCCUCUCCCUUCUCAGGAGCUCUUCAGCGUCGCAGAGCCCGCCCCGGUGCCGCCUUCUGUGAUGUCGGCCCCCCGGGCCAGUCGAGCCCAGAAGGUGAGGCGGCCCCUCCUUACACAAAAGGGACUGGAGGUGCCGCCCCCCACAGAGAAGGACUGGUCCAAGGACGAGGACAGGCACCACGUCCUCAAGGACCCGGACAAGCAGCAGCGCUCCCUGCCUCAGCCUUACCGAAUGAUCAACAAGCUGGUGGACCUUGUGUUCAGCCGCUCGUGGGAGAUCAUCGAGGAGCGGGACAGGCUGCGGGAGGCCGAGCUCAGCCGGAUCCAGCCCACCACCUACCCCCCGGUUUUCCAGAGCAAGCUCGGCAGCGUACCGAAUUGUAUGGCCGUUUCCCAAGACUAUGUGUUUAUGGGAGGAGCCAAAGGGUUCUCCAUCUACAACCUGUUCAACGCCAAGCGCGUGUGCGUCUGGGACAAAAUGAAGGUUGGAGUCACGUCCAUCUGGGCCGCGGAUUUGGGGAGCGACAUACUCAUUGCUCCUGUGGACGAAAUGGGUGUCGUUAGACUGUUCUACAUUUACAAAGACAGCCUUUUCUUCAUCAAAACCAUCAAUGAAGUGGAGGACACCAACAAGCAAACGCCCUGUGCCAAGAUGGAGAUCUCUCACGGAGGGGACUUCGUGGCCUUUCUGCUACAAGGAGCUGGGGACACUUGGCUGGAUGUGUACAGAUUGCCCAAGGAGUCUUGGCUCAAGGAGGUGGAACACCCCCAAGUCACUCCGAAUCCAAAGAAGAAAGUCAGACAGCCGCAACUGAACACUCUUGAUUCCACGUCUUCGGAUAAUCUAGAAAUGGACAUAAGCAUCGGUCUGAAAGGAGACGUGAAGCUGAGUCCCCCGGUCCACGUAGUGAAGAUCAAACCGCCCAAGCCCAUCACAGGCACCACGUUUAAGAGCCCCCUGGAAGUCUUCGCCAAGGUCGAGGGCUGCCUGGGGCUGGGCUCCGGGCAGAACCACUUCAUCAAGGACAGUCAGUGGGAGCAGCAGACCGCCACCUUCCACGCCCUGUACAAGAAGUUCCUGGACGGGGGCAGCGAGGAGGAGCUGGUCAGUAUGGCCACGUUCCACUUCCUCCUCCCCAGCUGCGUCAUUAUGAUGCCAGCGGAGCUCAAGGGCCCCCCAGGGGUGCCCUGUGUCCUCGGCGUGCACUGGACGGGCCGUCACAACUUCUUCCUCUACUCGCUGAACAGGACCGCGAGGGACAAAGUCGAUCCCGAGAGCGUGUGGCCCUGCGCCGCGCCCAUCGCCCUGUCUCAGCUCAGCGGCUGCAGCUCCUACCUGGUGCUGGCCUGCGAGGACGGCGUGCUCACGCUGUGGGACCUCGCCAAAGGGUUCCCUCUCGGCGUGGUCGCUCUUCCCGAGGGCUGUUUCUGCCAAAGCGUUCACUUCCUGAAGUACUUCCUGGUCCUCGGAGGACGGAACGUGUAUCCCGAGGGUCUGGUGACGUCCCAAGUGACCUGUGUGGUGCUGUGCACGGACGCCUCCCUCCACCUCGUGACCGCCAGCGGGGCCCAGGAGCCCACCACCCGCACUCUGGUUGAGAGGCCGGCGAAGCACCUGGACGAAGCCGUCUGUGCGGUGGCCCCGGUCCCAACCUUACCUGGCAUGGUGCUGGUCUUCUCCAGGAACGGCUCCGUGCAGCUGCUGGACGUGGCUGGGCCCCAGGUCGUCUGCGCCUUCGCUCCCCCCAGGCCCUUCCGCCUGGAGGACCCCUGGAAGCCGGUGUUCGUGGUGUCUGCGCUCCACCCGUACUUCCUGCUCCGGGGGGACCGUCCAAAUCGGAGGGAGGCCACCGACGAGGCCAAGGACACCCCCAAAUCGGUCUUCUAUUUUCAUUUCACCGCCUACCCGCUCCUGGAGGACAUCGUGAGAAACAGCAGCGUUCCUCAGGCUGACCUGCCGGACACCGUGGCCUCGCCCCGGGCGCUGCCCUUGGAGGAGAGGUGUGAGAGCUUCCUCCAGAAGAGGUUCCAGAAGCUGGACCACCAGGUGAAGGAGCAGGAGCACUGGACCCGGCUGCGGAGGUACUCCUUGCUCCUCCAGAGAGAGAACCUCAAGAAGUGACUCAGCCACCGCCCCAGGCUCCCCAGGAGGUCUCAGCCACAGGCAGGCCCCACCCUGGGGUGGGGGGGCCGCCUCAGGAGACCCCGCCCCAGGAGGCCCCCCGAGGUGAAGAGACUCAGCCACAAAGGCCUGCAGCUGGAGGUCCCGGGGCCUGGAGUUGCAGACAGGGACCCCCACAGAGAAGUACUGUUUUGGGGGGGUUCAACCACCAUACCCCUUGUCUGAGCCCCCAGUUGGACAAAUGUG